AUGCAGGGUGAUCGGAAAGCAUCGUACAAGGUCCCACCUGCAGCUGUUCGAGACCCGCUGUCCUCACAGGAACACCGGCGCAACAAACAGAAGCGGAGACGAGCCGAGAGAUUUGACUCUAGCCGCCAGCUGGACUUUUUCGCCGACCUUACUCUCGGACCUUCAGACGAUGAGGUGGACGAGGGAGACGGCCAGGAUGGUCCAGAGAUAGUUCGUCAAGGAGUAUCGCACUUCGUCGGGAUGCUCCCUGCUGCGCGAGAGGUCUCCAGUGCUAGUAGCAGCGCCGCGCCCAUCAGUGAGUCUGCAGUACCUGCUCCUCAGACAGCCGACAUGCAAACGUCCGGAAAGAAGCGUGGAAAGAGUAAACGCAGAGCUAAGCCUGCGCCAUCGUCAUCCGGGCCGUCGAAGCGCAAGCCGAAUCGGUGGGCGGACAAGUGCAUGUAUGCGGAGCUGCUUGAGAUGUCCGAAGACUACGAUGCCUACAACGUCGUGUCCGAUGGCAUUCCUCAAGACAUUGCGGCAGGAUGGGUGGCUGUCACUCCCGUUCCUGUGGGCAAACGUUGUCUUGCCGUUACACAUCAAACAUCCGGAUUACCGGGUCUAGUUCCGAACCUAACGCUGCGCUCGCGCGUCCUCGGGAAGCCGCUUAUGAAGCCGUUUGCUUCGCCCUUGCCACCACACACCGUUCUCGACUGCAUUCUAGACGAGAACUGGAAAGACAACGGGAUCUUGCAUGUGCUUGACGUAUUGAAGUGGAAGGAGCAAGACAUCACGGAAUGCGAGACACCCUUCCGGUUCUGGUGGCGCGACACGCGCCUUUCAGAGCUGCCAGUGCUUCCUCCGCCUGCGAACGCUGCAGACCAAGGCGAGGAGCCAACCGCGAUCGAUGCCGGGGUGCUAGGGCACUACCGCUUCCCUCAUCCAGCCACUUUCGUUACGGUCUUCGCGCGUCAUCUCGGUCACAAAACCCGUAACGCCUGCCCACAGACCAGUGGCAUGGACCUUGACAUCCCCGCGCCGCUCAUUACCGAACUCGAGACCGUGCCCGUGGAAAUCAAAAGCGACGGCCUACUGCUGUAUGUCGCACAAGCGACGUACGAGCCGGGGACUAGCCCAUUAAGCAGUUGGGUGCCGCUCAGGGCGUACGCGCAGGCGCCUCAUGAACCGAGUUUGGGAACGGGCAAGGUUACGCCGGAAAGUCCCUUGAACGUGUUCGAACGCCUCGUGCGUAGGCGACUCGCUUUGAAGGAAGGCGCCUCGAUAGGUUCGUCUAUGAUACCUGAAGUUAGCAUGGAAGAGGACAUGUGA